AUGCGCCACUUUGCGCCUUUUCUCCUCUCCACCUGCUGGACUUUGGGGCUGGUAAACAGUAUUCACCCAGAAUGCAGACUUCAGCUGGAGAUCCACGAAGAGGAAAUAAGGUGCAUGGAAAUGAUAAAGAAUUCUAAGAGAGCAGAUUUCAAAGGAUGUGUUGGCACCUGGGAUAACAUAACUUGCUGGCACUCUGCAGAAAUUGGAGAAAUCGUGACAGUCCCUUGUCCAAAGCUAUUUAGCCAUUUUUUCAGCAAACCAGGAAAUAUUAGCAAAAAGUGUACGAGGAAAGGUUGGACAGACAUAUUUCCAGAUUUUCUGCUUGCUUGUGGAUUUACAGACAUUGAUGAGAGCAGCACGACUUUCUAUGUUCUGGUGAAAUCAAUUUACACACUUGGGCACAGCGCCUCUCUCGUUGCUCUGACUACUGGAAGUAUAAUUCUUUGCCUUUUUAGGAAACUUCACUGCACUCGGAACUACAUACAUUUGAAUUUGUUCCUGUCUUUCAUUCUAAGAGCAAUCUCUGUUUUAGUCAAGGAUGAGGUCCUCUAUUCCAACACCAGCCCAGGUCAUUGCCCAGAGGAACAACCGUCUUUGAUCGGCUGCAAGGCUAGCUUGAUAUUUUUCCAGUACUGUGUAAUGGCCAACUUUUAUUGGCUCUUAGUUGAAGGACUUUAUCUCCACAUCCUCCUCAUGGUCAUAUUCUCUCCAAUCAGACACUUCACCAUCUAUCUCCUUAUUGGAUGGGGAAUCCCUACAGUGUUCAUAAUCAUGUGGAUAAUAUCUAGGAUCUAUUUAGAGGACACUGGCUGCUGGGAUACCAACGAGCACAGUGGUCCUUGGUGGGUUAUAAAAUUACCAAUCCUAAUUUCCAUUUUAGUAAAUUUUAUACUCUUCAUUAGCAUUAUCAGAAUUUUACUACAGAAACUGAGAUCACCAGAUGUUGGAGGCAAUGAACAGUCCCAGUACAAGAGACUCGCAAAAUCAACGUUGCUGCUUAUCCCGCUUUUUGGAGUUCACUACAUGGUGUUUGCGGUCUUUCCUAUCCCCAUUUCCCAUAACUAUCAAAUCAUUUUCGAGUUAUGUCUGGGAUCAUUUCAGGGCCUAGUCGUCGCUGUCCUGUAUUGUUUUCUGAACAGUGAAGUACAAGCUGAACUGAAAAGAAAAUGGCGGAGUUGGUGUUUGAAUCAAAGAAUGGGUCGAGAUUACAAACUUCACAGUUCUUCCAUUUCUAGAAAUGGCUCAGAAAGCAUUUCACAAUUGCAUCGUAAUUCAGCAACGCAGUUUUCUCUUCAGACAGAAACCUCGGUGAUAUAAGCCAUGUGGGAGCCAGCUAAAGACUAGACAAUGGAUUUUUGUGUAUAGCUCAGUCGAUGUGAUAUUUUCUAAAAUGUAUAGUUUAUAUUCUGUUUUGUCUACAUGUCGGGACAUGGGGA